AUGGCGCAGAUCAUCGACGGCAAGGCCAUCGCCGCCGACGUCCGCCGCGAGGUCGCCGUCGAUGUGGCCGCGCUCUCCUCGGCCCACGGACUCGUGCCGGGGCUGGCCGUGGUCAUCGUGGGGAGCAGGAAGGACUCGCAGACGUACGUGAACAUGAAGCGCAAGGCGUGCGCCGAGGUCGGCAUCUGCUCCAUCGACGUCGACCUCCCCGAGGACAUCUCCGAGCCCGCGCUCGUCGCCGAGGUUCAUCGCCUCAACGCUGACCCCGCCGUGCACGGAAUCCUCGUCCAGCUUCCACUGCCUAAGCAUAUCAAUGAAGAAAAGAUACUGAGUGAGAUCAGCAUUGAGAAAGACGUCGAUGGGUUUCAUCCUCUCAAUAUUGGCAAGCUUGCAAUGAAAGGCAGAGAGCCACUGUUCGUACCAUGUACGCCAAAGGCAUGCAUGGAGCUCCUGUCACGGGGCGGGGUCACUGUCAGAGGCAAACUCGCAGCUGUGGUUGGCCGCAGCAACAUCGUCGGCCUGCCUGUGUCUCUGCUCCUUCUCAAGGCCGAUGCGACUGUAUCCAUUGUGCACUCACGGACCCCUGACCCAAGAAGCAUUGUACGCCAAGCUGACAUAGUCAUUGCAGCCGCUGGGCAGCCUAUGAUGAUCAAAGGGGAUUGGAUCAAGCCAGGUGCCGCGGUCAUCGAUGUUGGGCACAUAGUCAGUGCAGCAGCUGAGCAGGAUGUGAUGAUCAACGGCAACGGAGAUCUGAUCAAGCCAGGUGCUGUGGUCAUCCAUGAUGCUGACAUCGACUCUGUCGACGAUGACCCUGCCCAACCUGUCGGCGAUGUACAUUUCGCAGAGGUGAGCAAGGUCGCCGGUUUCCUGACUCCAGUUCCAGGAGGCGCUGGCCCCAUGAUGGUGGCGAUGCUGCUCAAGAACACCGUGGAUGCCGCGAAGCAGGGCUGGGGAAUAUGCAAGUUGCAAGGAUGCCAAGUGACUCACAAACUGUGUGCGCUGGUGUAA